AUGCGCGCAAAGGCACGACCGUUUCGACCCGGCUCCAUGCCGAUUACGUCGGCAGUGGCUCCUCCUAGCCUCCACCCCGAGAUCACCUGUCGCGAGCCCAGCGUGCAUUUCAUCCGCACCUCGAUAGACGGCUCCAAGGAUGGGCGAUGCGGCGAAAGCCCGCACGACCGAUUCAUCGUGGUCGUUGGGAAAUGUCGCCUAUGUCGCUAG